GCGAUGCAGAAAAUUGUGUUCUUCGGCGGUACCGGUAUGACCGGCCAAUGUGCCGUCCGAUACGCGCUACAGAAAGGAUUAUCUGUCCGGCUGCUGGUUCGUAGUGAAACGACUGUUCCUGAGGAUUUUAAGGAAAAGGUCGAGCUUAUUAAGGGUGAUGUAACGAACGCGGAGGAUGUGAGCAAAGCGAUCCAAGGGCAGGAACUAGUUUGCGUAGUGCUCGGCACUCGCAAUGACCUCAAACCGACAACGGCCAUGUCGGAUGGCUUAUCCAAUAUUAUCGCUGCCAUGAAGGAUGUUUCCCUCAAGUGCUUUUCUGUUUGUCUCUCGUCUUUUCUGUUCAUGGACCCCGACAAGGUCCCUGCCAUGUUCGUUAACAUCAACGGAGAGCACCGGCGAAUGCUCGAGAUGACAAAAAGCUGCGGUUUGGAGUACAGAGCUGUUCUACCACCACAUAUAGCAGAUGAACCACAGGCUAAGUUUGAUACCGCGUACGACAAAUCUCCAGGCCAUUCAAGAUCAAUUUCAAAACUCGAUCUUGGCCAGUUCUUAGUGGAUUGCAUGUUCGAUGAAGCUCAUUCGCAAAAGGUAAUCGGCAUUUGUACGAUUAAGUAA